AUGAAAUUCGUGGAUAUCAUGGCAGUAAGCAACUUUUUUAUUUAAACGUUAACCUCAAUAAAUAAGAUCUGUCAAUACAUGUCAAUAUUUGAGUGUAAUUUUCAAUAAUAAGCAAAAAAAAUUAUUCAUAUGACUAUUCGGCUUAAGUUAUAAUACCACUAGCCUUAUUUCCUAAUGAUUACAGAAUACACAAAAAGUUGUCGUAGGGACAGUACUGCUCGUCAAGUGUAGGACGAGAUAUAGGGUUUGCUGGGAUUGCACACACGAGAGUGGGAGAACGCAUUCGGAGCAAAAGACAUGGCGCGUAAUAUACAAUACCUGCCUUUCGAUCUCGAGUGGUACAGUCUGCGUCCUAAAUUAAUCGAAUAAUUUCAAUAAUGGAAUACGUACUAUGUGAGACCUGCUUUUUUAAUCGAAAUUGUGCGCAUAUGUCAAAUUUUUAAAUAUCUUUUUGUGAGCCCAAUAUUCUAAAUUUGGUAACUUCAUUAACGUUACAAGACUAAGUUCUAUCAUUGUCAGCGUUAGAUCCCACGAGCACCCGAUCUUAAGCUAUAUAUUGCCUGUAGAAUUUCAUGUGGCUCGAUAACUCUUAGAGAAAGUUUGUUCAAUGGGUUGAGUUUGUGUGCAUUAUAAAAUUGAGUUUGAUAGUAUAUAAUAUACAAUUAACGAAUCUAUAUCAUUAGGAUAUCUUAAAAUACAAUUCUGUACCUCAGAGCCAGACUAGGUUAAGUACAAAUAAGUAGUUUUGAGAUACUUAUAUAUGAAAUAUUUGUCUUGCAUUGCAUUGAAUACGACUUGAUAUGAGUUAAAAAGUCGUAACUUCCUUAUUAUUAAAGAUAAAUGGACGCUGCAUGUAGCAAAUGAAAAUUCACAAAAUUAUCAUAAGCUUAACAUAUUAAACUCAUUUUUGACAAAAAUGGACUUAACGUAGUCUGGCUCUGGGGCUCAGAAUUGUACGUCCACCAGAAGCAUUUAAAAAUUUAUAUCUAAAGAAACAAGUUUUACAUACUACUUUUUCAAUAUUUUCAAAUGUGCAUAAUACAUUAGUUUUAUAGAAAUAAUUUUAUUUUUCCACACCUGUUCGCUACCGAAGAAAGGUUAAAAAUCGGGUUUAUGUGAUUAUUCAUAUAAAUGAGAUAAACAUAGAAAUAAGGAAACCAAAACAAUUUAUUCCAUAAAAUAAGAAUUGCACGCUAUGUAGCUAUAAGACUGAAAUUGAGUACUAAUUCUAUUCUUAAUUGUUAAUAAUUUCAAUUAACAAGCAAUCAAAUGAAAAGUAAGGUCAGAAAACUAACAUCGUAGUAGAUUCAGUUGGCAAUAUUUAAAAGAUUUAUGAAGUUUCACAGAGGAUCAAAUCCUGAAAAUUCGGAAUCGGAAUCUGAGCUACUACUUAAACUUAAAUAUUUUGUUUCGCUAUCGCUAUAUUCGUCUAGGUUCAUUAUAUUUGAUUCACAGCAUGCACAAUAAUAAAUCCUUGUCCAUUUGAAACUGGCCUGUGAAGGCCCUCAUUAUACUCUGGGCGCUGAAGAAAGACAUUAAACGUAAACAGUGAUCAGCACGUGAACAGAUCCCUCGGAAGCAUCCACGGAUAUACUCUAGUCACUUUAGGUCUAAACAUCCUCGGCAGUGUAUUUCUAGUGAAUCCACAGACCCUUUUUCGUGUCAUCUUGAGACUAGAAAAAGGAUGACUGUUAAAAUAAGUUACCUUGAUCUUUCAUGAGCUCCCAGUACAAAACAUCAUCGAUAUAUUUUUGAUGUAGGAACAACAAAUUGGUUUAGAAAACAUCCACUUUGAACCUAAAUUGACUGAAGUAACAUCGAUCUACAGACAAAUUCAAGGUCACUACCAGUCGUCGGCGCUCUACGAAUCUGCACAGGUUUGGACUUGUAAACGUGAUUGUAGAUGACACGACAGGCAUCUAACAGUUAAUUCACGCACAGGAUUGCAUUGCAUACGCAUUACACAUUCAGUAGCGUAUACUCGUUUUUCGCGAGUGGAACGUUUUGUUUAUAUAUUGCCUAAGAUACGAUGUCUGACACAGAUACAGCCGACGAAGUGGUUGACAUCAGCGCAACCCCACCCAAAAAAAGGACUAAGAAGCUACAUUUAAGUGCAAAUGAAAAACAAAUAAUAUUAAAUAUAUACAAAAACCAAAUUCAAGAAAAACCCGAUUUGGUCGUGGACGAAGUUAUAUGUAAGGUAGCACAUAUUUCUGGAGUAUGUCGGUCCAGUGUUUAUAGGAUCAUUAAGGAAUAUAGGAGCACUCACUCACUUUCUGAGCCAAAACCGUAUCCUGCAAGAAAAAGGAUAACGGACGGAGUAGAUGACUUUGACAGAACUGCCAUCAGGAGGAAAGUGCAUAAUUUUUUCUUCCGAAAUGAGAUACCUAGUAGAUAAGAUAUUAAGAUUAGUUAAUGCUGAUGAGGAUCUUCCAUCAUUUAAAAGAACCACAUUCCGAAAACUUUUGAAGGAACUUAAUUUUCGAUUCUUGAAACGGGGAAGAAACAGUAUGUUAAUAGAGAAAGAAGAAAUUGUUGUGUGGAGAAGGGAAUACCUUAGGAAGAUUCGGAAGUUUCGCGAUGAAAAAAGAAAAAUUUACUAUUUGGACGAAACGUGGGUGAAUGCUGGACAUACUCAAGCGAAAGUUUGGGUCGACAAAUCAGUAACAUCAUCAAGGCAGGCUUUUCUAGACGGUCUUUCGGCUGGAUUGAAAAAUCCUGCAGGUAAGCUCCUUCAUCUAUCCGGCAAUUUAAUUUUGAUAAAUUCGGGCAAAUAAUAUGCUGUGA